GAGGUCGUUAUUCAUCUCGCCCCGCCUUCUAUUGAAAGCGUUGACGAGGCGCGCCCGCCUAUGAUGUGACUAUAGCUUUGUGUUUGAUUAAUUUGUUACACAAUAAGAUCGAGUUUUAUUACUGCUUGUUAACGUUAAUUCAUAAACAUGAUUGCAAUUGAAUCAGAACAGUCGUUAACGAAAGAGGAAAGAGUGCCUAAAGUGGAGCCGACGACCUCGCAGAGAACUCUCACGCGCUCGAGCGCCGUGAGCCAGAAAUCUGUCGAUCUAAUCGUACAUCCGGAGAGCUCAAACAACCCUCUACAUAGGUCGAAAUUAGCUCCGACUCGGUCAUCAUCGGAGUCAUCGUCAUCCAAGAAAAUUCUUAAUUUGAGGAAAACUAAGAAUUCUUCGAUCGAAUCAACUAUGAGUUUACCGAAUCAGAAGUCUUUGGAGAAGAAGCAUGGCACUCUUCGACACCAGAAAUCCAUUGGAGCCCAUUCGGACAUAACGCUAAGCACGCAGCCUUCGAUUUCGGACGACAGGAAGGCUCUGAGGGAGGCCUUGUAUCAGGGUAUAUUUCAUAGACACAGAAGGACAAUUUUUGCAGUGGGGUCGUUUCUUAGAAUGCUUAGAAGCAAAACGUCAAACUACGAUUCGAUUCGUUCCGACUCAGACGAGAUUUAGCAGUCCUAAGUUAGGUCUAGUGUUUGUUGAAUAGUUAGUGAUACCACAGACUGCGAAUGUGCUUUUUAAAGUUAUUGUAAUAUUAAUGAAAAUGUUAUUAGAUUUAGUAAUUUGUAAUAAUAUUAUUGUUU